UCCCCUGCCCCAGCCCCCCAGGGCGGCGGGGCCGGGGGGGAUCCGGGGGGCCGGCUGCAGCCUACGUCCAGAGGAAACUUUAUAAAACCGCGAUCGGGAGUCCGCCAAAGGAGACUGUCCCGGGACAAGUGGCCCUGGAAGAGCAGAAGCCACAGCCUGAAGAGACCCAGGAAGAGGAAAGGAGGAGGUGAGCGGGGCCUCCGCCUCCUCUUCGCGGGCCGGCGCGGAAGAGACUGGGGUGGCCACCUGGUUGAUCGACUCGGGCGCUGCUGCUUCCUCGGCUGCGCGCCGGAGCCUUCCGCAGCUGCUGUCUCGGUCCGGAGGAGGAAGGGAACCAACCCACUUUCUCAGCGCCCUUCUCGAACGCAUCAAGAUACCAACUUCUCAGAAGCCUCCUUGUAUCCUGUCCCAGUCUAUAAUGGCUUCACAAGAAAGGGAAUCUCAGCCAUCAGGAAGAUUUUUCAAAGGCUCUCUAAAUAAUUGGAUUACUUCCUUAGGAUAGAUUGCCAGAAGUGGAAUUACUGGGGCAGAGGAAUGUGAAAGCCUUUGCAUCUUCCGAUAGUCUGGCCAAGGUUCAGGAAGUGGCAAGCUGGCUUUUGGAAAUGAAUCAGGAACUGCUGUCUGUGGGCAGCAAAAGGCGACGGACAGGAGGCUCUCUGAGAGGUAACCCUUCCUCAAGCCAGGUGGAUGAGGAGCAGAUGAACCGGGUGGUGGAGGAGGAGCAGCAACAGCAGCAGCUAAGACAACAGGAGGAGGAGCACUCCGCAAGGAAUGGUGAAGUUGUUGGAGCAGAACCUAGAUCUGGAGACCAGAAUGAUUCCCAGCAAGGUCAAGUGGAAGAAAACAAUAAUCGGUUUAUUGCAGUAGAUGAGGACUCCUCAGGAAACCAAGAAGAGCAAGAGGAAGAUGAAGAACACGCUGGUGAACAAGAUGAGGAGGAUGAAGAGGAGGAGGAAAUGGACCAGGAAAGUGAUGAUUUUGACCAAUCUGACGACAGUAGCAGAGAGGAUGAACAUAUACAUAGUAACAGUGUCACAAACUCCAGUAGUACUGUGGACCUGCCCAUUCACCAACUCUCCUCCCCAUUCUAUACCAAGACGACAAAAAUGAAAAGAAAGUUGGACCAUGGUUCUGAGGUCCGCUCCUUUUCUCUGGGAAAGAAACCAUGCAAGGUCUCAGAAUAUACAAGUACCACUGGGCUUGUACCAUGUUCAGCAACACCAACAACUUUUGGGGACCUAAGAGCAGCCAAUGGCCAAGGGCAACAGCGACGCCGGAUAACAUCUGUCCAGCCACCUACAGGCCUCCAGGAAUGGCUGAAAAUGUUUCAGAGCUGGAGUGGACCAGAGAAAUUGCUUGCUUUGGAUGAACUCAUUGAUAGUUGUGAACCAACGCAAGUGAAACAUAUGAUGCAAGUGAUAGAACCUCAGUUUCAGAGAGACUUCAUUUCCCUGCUCCCUAAAGAGUUGGCACUUUAUGUGCUUUCAUUUCUGGAACCCAAAGACCUGCUACAAGCAGCCCAGACAUGUCGAUACUGGAGAAUUUUGGCUGAAGACAACCUUCUCUGGAGAGAGAAAUGCAAAGAAGAGGGGAUUGAUGAACCAUUGCACAUCAAGAGAAGAAAAGUAAUAAAACCAGGUUUCAUACACAGUCCAUGGAAAAGUGCAUACAUCAGACAGCACAGAAUCGAUACAAACUGGAGGCGAGGAGAACUCAAAUCUCCUAAGGUGCUGAAAGGACAUGAUGAUCAUGUGAUCACCUGCUUACAGUUCUGUGGGAACCGGAUAGUUAGCGGUUCUGAUGACAACACUUUAAAAGUUUGGUCAGCAGUCACAGGCAAAUGUCUGAGAACAUUGGUGGGACACACAGGUGGAGUCUGGUCGUCGCAGAUGAGAGAUAACAUCAUCAUUAGUGGAUCUACAGAUCGGACUCUGAAGGUGUGGAAUGCAGAGACUGGGGAAUGUAUACACACCCUGUAUGGGCAUACUUCCACCGUGCGCUGUAUGCAUCUCCACGAGAAAAGAGUUGUCAGUGGUUCUCGAGAUGCCACUCUUAGGGUUUGGGAUAUCGAGUCAGGCCAGUGUUUACAUGUCUUGAUGGGUCAUGUAGCAGCAGUCCGCUGCGUUCAGUAUGAUGGCAGGAGGGUGGUUAGUGGAGCGUAUGAUUUCAUGGUGAAAGUCUGGGACCCGGAGACUGAGACCUGUCUACACACGCUGCAGGGGCACACUAACCGAGUCUAUUCCUUACAGUUUGAUGGCAUCCAUGUGGUGAGUGGCUCUCUUGAUACAUCAAUCCGAGUUUGGGACGUGGAGACAGGGAAUUGCAUUCACACAUUAACAGGGCACCAGUCGUUAACAAGUGGAAUGGAACUCAAAGACAAUAUUCUUGUCUCUGGGAAUGCAGAUUCUACAGUUAAAAUCUGGGAUAUCAAAACAGGACAGUGUUUACAAACAUUGCAAGGUCCCAACAAGCAUCAGAGUGCUGUGACCUGUUUACAGUUCAACAAGAACUUUGUAAUUACCAGCUCAGAUGAUGGAACUGUAAAACUAUGGGACUUAAAAACGGGUGAAUUUAUUCGAAACCUAGUCACAUUGGAAAGUGGGGGAAGUGGGGGAGUGGUGUGGCGGAUCAGAGCCUCCAACACAAAGCUGGUGUGUGCGGUCGGGAGUCGGAAUGGGACUGAAGAAACCAAGCUGCUGGUGCUGGACUUUGAUGUGGACAUGAAGUGAAGAGCAGAAAAGGUGAAUUUUGUCCAGAUGUGUAGAAGAUAUACUCCCUACCCCUUCCCCUACACAAAAAAAGAAAAGAAAAGAAAAAAAAAAAAAAGAAAAAAGAAAGAAAAGAAAAAAACAGAAAAAAGAGAAAAGAAAAUGAAAAAAAAAAUCCCUUGUACUCAGUGGUGCAGGAUGUUGGCUUGGGGCAACAGCGUGGAAAGACCUACAGACUAGGAAGGAAAGAGAGACAACAACCGAAACUGACAAGAGGGGUCCACUGUCUCAUCACCUGGAAGGCUUCACUUUUGACUGGGGGCAGCUUUGCAAAAAUGAGACAUUCUAAAUCAAACCAGGUGCAAUUACUUCUUUAUUUUCUUCUUCAGUGGUCAUUGGGCAGUGUUAACGCUGAAACAUCAUUACAGAUUCUGCUAGCCUGUUCUUUUUACCACUGUCACCUAGAAAGGAGCUGCAAUAAUGUCAAAAAAAAAUACUGGUUGACUUUCUAAUUAGAGAGCAUCUGCAACAAAAAGUCAUUUUUCUGAAGUGGAA